UUUCACGCUUGGCAUAACACACCCGGCCCACGUGGGCUGCAUGGGGGAAUUUUUACCAGGAAAUUCUUUUGUCUCAGAAACAUAGCGCAAAAUUUGACAAAACGUCUACCAAGUACAUUCAUAUAAAUCGAUUCUGACCCAAAUUGUAGACAACUUGAGGAAACUAUUUUGGAUUUGCAUCGAGAUAAAGCGUUGCAUCAUAGGAUCGGACGACAUUUAUAAGUGGAAGCAGCCAUUUUGGCUCAUUUGGUCUCCAGGCGUCGUGAGGGACAGACGUGGUCUGUGCUGCAGCUAGAUGGGGGCUCCUGUUUUCCUGGUUCUCUCCUUAUUUUUGACUGGAAGUCAGUAUUUUAAAGGAUGUUUGGCGGACUGUUCGUCAGACCAGUUCCAGUGUGGAGACGGGUCGUGUAUCCCCCAGGCCUGGAGAUGUAACACUCAGGAGAACUGUCCUGAUGGGAGUGAUGAGGCAGACUGUGACAAAACCUGGCAGUGCCACCCUUUCCACUUCCACUGUGGCAGUGGGGAGUGCAUCAAGGUGCGCUGGAGGUGUGACAGGGAGCCUGACUGUCAGGACGGGUCUGAUGAGGAGGGGUGCCAAGACAUGACCCCCGCUGUCUGUAGCGCAGACCAGUUCCGCUGCCUCACAGGAGACUGUAUCCCCUCCUCAGUACGGUGUGACAACAACACAGACUGUCCUGAUGGGUCCGACGAGAGAGGCUGCUAUCAUUCGAAGUGCAAAGAUGACUAUUGGCAGUGUGGGACUGGGGAGUGUGUUCGAGUGGCCUGGCUGUGUGAUGGGGAGACAGACUGCACGGACAAUAGCGAUGAAGACAACUGUACGGUAACGUGUAGCCCUACCAGAACCCUUUGUAGCAGUGGGUGCAUCCCCACAAGUUGGGUAUGUGAUGGUACAACUGACUGCAAAGAAGGGGAGGAUGAAAGCAAUUGCACACUGUCAGAAAGAGAAAUGGACACAGAUGUUACAGAUGGCUGUGGGGAAGACAAGUUCCACUGUUCAGACGGGAGCUGUGUAUCUUCCAGAUGGAGGUGUGAUGGGGAUUUUGACUGUCCAGACGAGAGUGACGAGGACGGAUGUGAUGGUCACACAGUAACCAGUGGGGGCAGUGAGUGCCUGUCCCACCAGUUCAGGUGUUCCAGUGGAGAGUGUAUCGAGAGCCUGUGGCAUUGUGAUGGGGAUAAGGACUGCCAGGAUGGGACAGAUGAACAUCGAUGUGGUGUGCACACCUGUCAGGCAGGCCAGGUGAUGUGUGACGACGGCCUCUGUAUCAGCCACACCUGGUUAUGUGAUGGAGAACUGGACUGUAGGGACGGCUUUGAUGAACAAGACUGUGGGUCGUCCCACCCCCCAGUGCUGCCGUCCUGUAAGGCUACCCAGUUCACCUGCUCAGAUGGAUCCUGUAUAGACCGAUCCUUACUGUGUAAUGGGGAUGAGGACUGUAGAGAUGGAAGUGACGAGGGAACUCAAUGUGUUGUGGAUCACUGUGUGUUGCACUUUGGAGCCUGUAGCCAACUGUGUGAUGCAACAGAAAGCUCCUUCAAGUGUUCCUGUGUGGACGGCUACAAGAUGGAGCCAGAUGGCAGCACAUGUAGGGCUAUGGGAGAAGAGCCGUACCUACUUGUUGCCGAGUCCAACAGCAUCAGGAAGGUUGUUCACAUUCACCAUGGCAACAGGACAGACUACAUGCCCCUGCUGACUGGACUGGGCAGCCCCACAGCUCUGGACUACCACCUGGCUGGGCAGUCUCUGUUCUGGGUGGAGUCUGGCAGUAUUAACUCAGCAGGUCUGGAUGGAGAGGGCAACAGAACAAUUCUUGCAGGUCUUGGUGAGGUGGAGAGCAUUGCCGUGGACUGGGUGGGAGAGAACCUAUACUGGACAGACUCAGCCAACAAUUACAUUGGAGUAUCCACACUAGACGGUCUCUACAAAACAAGUGUAGUGAGGUCUUUAGGAUUGCUCAAGGCCAUAGUACUGGACCCAAAGAACAGGAACAUGUACUGGAGCGACUGUGGUGCGAUUCCCAAGAUUGAGGUAUCUGGGAUGGAUGGAUCAGGAAGAGAGAUGAUUGUGAGGAAGAAGCUCCUGUGGCCUGUUGGCCUUUCCCUGGACCAUCCUUCCAACAGGCUCUUCUGGAUGGACUCCAAACUCAAGGUCCUGGAGUCCACAGACCUGAACGGGGAAAACAGAUACCUGAUCCGAGGUUUGGAUGUCGGGCAGCCCUUCUCCAUGGCUCUAUUUGAAGACCUGGUGUACUGGAGUGAUGACAGGUCCAACAAGGUCAAACUGGCACACAAGUACAUGGGAGACAGGGUGUACGUGUUGGUCAGGGCACAGCAACCCACCGGGGUGAAGAUGGUUCAUCCACUCAAGCAGAGAGAAGCCCCUAACCCCUGCAGUAAUGGAGGUGGGAACACCUGUAGCCACCUGUGUCUGCUGUCUCCCACACAGCCGCAGGGCUACACCUGCAGGUGUCCUACUGGAUGGCAGCUACAGACGGAUGGGAGAACUUGUCAGGACCCACAGUCACCAUUCCCCAGUCCCACCGUGGAAAUUUGUGGUGAGGACAAAUUUCAGUGUGACAAUGGGCGAUGUAUCCCCUCUCACUGGGUGUGCGACACCGAUAAUGACUGCGCUGACAAUUCUGAUGAAUCUAAAUGUGGAGCUGUGACGUGUCCAGCCGGCCAGUUCCAGUGUCUCCAAGGCUACCCGUGUAUCCAGAUGUCGUGGCGCUGUGACGGUUACAAGGACUGCCCCGAUAACUCCGACGAGGAAGGAGGCUGUGGUACGACCCUACGCUUCACUACUAGGAACAAGCGCGCAACUACUGAACCCAAGCCCUGUGAGUUCCAGUGCAGGUCUGGACACUGCAUCCCCCAGUCCUGGCACUGUGACCAUGACCACGACUGUUCAGAUGGGUCAGAUGAAGAAGAAUGCGACUAUGAGAGCUGCAGUGAGAAUGAGUUCAGGUGUCGGAGUGGACAGUGCAUUCUGGGAAGCUGGAAAUGUGACGGGGACAACGACUGUGAAGAUCAGUCUGACGAGGCCAAUUGUGAGAUAACAGCAGCCCCUGACUGUGAUGGUUUCCAGUGUGCAGACCAUUCUCACUGCAUCCCCAACGUGUGGCUUUGUGACUUCAAGAACGACUGUGUGGAUGGCUCUGAUGAGAGCAACUGUACCCUGCAUACCUGCCACCCCAUGGAGCUGCAGUGUGGGACUGGGGAGUGUGUUCCUCUGCGCUGGAAAUGUGAUGGAGAUGAGGACUGCACUGAUGGUGCUGAUGAACAGGACUGCGCAAUAGGAGGAGAGUUUGUGGACUGUACGGAGGGGUACCCGUGUGGGGAUGGUCUCUGUGUGCAGUUGCAGGCUGUCUGUGACAGGGUUCCACACUGCAGGAAUGGGAAUGAUGAAGGCGGAAAAUGUGGUCCCCAACUGUGUCAAACAUCCCCUUGUGCCGGGCCAGCAGACUGCUACCCCACACCUGAUGGACCGCUCUGUCACUGCCAUGAAGGAUUUAACAUCAGCUCAGACAACAUUACAUGUGAAGAUGUGAAUGAGUGUGCUACACCAGGCAGUUGCAGUCAGGGCUGUGACAACACUAAGGGGUCCUACAGGUGCAGCUGUCGGGAUGGUUACUACAUGGAGCUGGGAACUAAGUGCAAGGCACAAGGCCCCAAUCCAGUUCUUGUGGUUUCUUCCCGACACGACAUCCGUACCCAGGACCUGAGGACGGGCCAGUACAACUCUGUUGUCAACCACCUGAGGAACACGGUGGCCCUGUCCUUUGACAGUGUGGAGGAAAGGUUAUACUGGACUGAUGUGUCAGAUGAGGUCAUAUCUUCUGUCAAGCUGGGAGGAGAAGAUAUCAGGAGAGUGAUUACCACAGGACUGAAGACCCCAGAUGGGCUGGCAGUGGACUGGGUGGGGAGGAACUUGUACUGGACAGACGCAGGGUACAACACCAUCUCUGUCAGCACCAUGGACGGGGCCCACCAAACUGUGCUGCUGGGGGACAACCUGGACCAGCCAAGAGCCAUAGCAGUGGACCCUAGAAAUGGCCUGAUGUACUGGACAGACUGGGGUUAUGAACCCAAGAUUGAGGUAGCCGGUAUGGACGGGUCGCAGAGGAGAGUCUUGGAAAACCAGCUGGUGGGUUGGCCCAAUGACUUGGUCAUCGAUUUUUCCCUGGACAAGAUCUACUGGAUUGAUGCCAAGCUUGACAUUGUGCAGAGGAUGGAUCUGGAUGGUGGGAAUAGCGAGACUGUGCUAGAGGGACAGUUGCAGCACCCGUUUUCCCUCGCUGUGUUCGAAGACUUCCUGUACUGGUCUGACUGGCACCUGGCCUCGGUGCAGACUGUAGACAAGUUCACAGGCAAACAUCAGCGUGACAUGGUGAAAGGGAUGAACCAACCCAUGGGCAUCCUGGUCUAUCAUCCACUGCAGCAGCCCACUAUGCUCAAUCCAUGUGAAGACAACCCAUGUUCUCACCUGUGCCUGCUGCGACCAGGAGGAGGGUUCACCUGCGCCUGUACAGAAGGACUACAUGUGGCAGUGGAUGGACGCACCUGUAUCGAUGACAGUUCUCAAGCAUACCUGCUGUUCUCCAUGCACACUGAGAUCAGACAGCUGAACCUGGACACAGCCUCCAGCACAACGGAGGCCCUGAAACCAGCGGGUGCUCAGAGUGUUGUAGCCUUGGACUUCCACUGGGAGAAGCAGAUGUUGUUCUACAGUGAUGUCACUUCUGAUAUCAUCUACAGGACCUACCUGAAUGACACAGAGAGAAGUGAGGUUGUGAUAGACCAGGGUCUACACACGGUAGAUGGUCUGGCUGUAGACUGGUUAGGAGACAACCUUUUCUGGGUGGACUCCGGCAGGAACGUAAUAGAGAUGUCCCGUCUGGACGGAGCCUACCGCUCAACCUUCCUCAGGAACAGGCUGGACAAACCCAGGGGGAUCGCUGUGGAUCCUGUCAAAGGGUACUUGUUCUUGAGUGACUGGGGCAGUGAACCUAAGAUAGAACGUGUCACCCUGGAUGGAUUGGACAGGAGAAUCCUUGUAGGUUCUGGACUCAGGUGGCCUAAUGGUAUCACCUUGGAUUUUACAGAGGGAGAGCUUUACUGGGCUGAUGCAGGAACAGACAGUAUUGAGUCAGUAGACACAGACGGAGCAAACAGGAGGACGGUCUUGGGGAACUUGCAGCACCCGUUCGCUCUCACUGUUUCCCAGAACAGGAUCUUCUGGACCGACUGGAACACGGAACGUGUCAUACUUUUUUCAGCUUCCAUUCACAGUGCAAAUAAGCAUACAGGCAUCAGCUCCACUGUUCUUCUAAGCAGACAGCAUGGCAUCAUGGACCUCAAGUUAGUGGAUGAAUACAGGCAGCAAGGUACUAGUCCCUGUGUCACAAACAACGGUGGAUGUAGUCACUUUUGUCUUAAUACACCUGAUGGACAAAAGUGCACCUGUCCUGACAACCUGCACCUGGAGGGAAACACCUGUAAAGAAUACGAAAAGUGCCCCUCAGACAUGUUCCAGUGUGGAGACAAGAGUUGUCUGUCACAAGAGCUGGUGUGUGACGGUAACGAGGACUGCCAGGACUCUUCAGAUGAACACAACUGUGAACGCACGUGUUCUGUUGUUGACUUCACCUGCACCAACGGACGGUGCAUCAUGGAGGCCUGGCACUGUGACGGGGAGGACGACUGUGGGGAUGGGUCAGACGAGCAGGACUGCAGACCGGCCACCUGUCCACCUCAGAACUUCCUGUGUGACGGUUACAGGUGUCUGCCUGAUGUUAGAAGAUGUGAUCAGGUUCAGGACUGCACAGACAGUACAGAUGAAGACGGCUGUCCUGACACCGUCUGUAGUACAGAGCAGGGUUUGAUCCCAUGCCAGUCUGGAGGCUGUGUCCCCGAGCAGUGGCGCUGCGAUGGCCACCCCGACUGCGCUGACGGGUCCGACGAGCCCCCGGACUGUCCCACGCCGACCACAACCUGCCAACCGACCGAGUUCACCUGUGCAAACGGAGUCUGUGUCUCCACAAGCUGGGUGUGUGAUGGUCAGAACGACUGUGGGGAUAACUCUGACGAACGGAGCUGUGAGGGGGGUGCUGUGUCCACGUGUCAGGGGGGAGAGUUCUCCUGCGCCUCUGGUGUCUGUAUCCCUGACCAGUGGACAUGUGAUGGUGAUGCUGACUGUAGCGAUGGAGAGGAUGAGGAAGGAUGUGGUGUUACAACAUGUGGUGUAGGUGAGUUCAGCUGUGGAACCCACGUGUGCAUCCCGGCCAGGUGGAGGUGUGAUGGUGACAAUGACUGUGGGAACAUGUCUGAUGAACAGGACUGUGUGCACCAGGCUACAGCAACUCCAUCAGCACCCCAGACCACCAUGGCUGCAUGGGGAGAGUGUGGAUCACAUGAGUACCAGUGCCUGACCAGGGAGUGCCUACCUCUGUCUCAAGUGUGUGAUGGGACGACAGACUGUGCUGAUGCCUCAGAUGAGGGAGGGCUUUGUGCGUCUGUGUGUCAGGAUAACGGAGGGUGUACAGGGACGUGCCAGGCCACCCCGGGAGGGAGAGUGUGCAGCUGCCACCCUGGGUUCAAGCUUCUGGAGGAUGGAACCACCUGUGCAGACAUUGAUGAGUGUGCAAGUCCUGGCCAGUGCAGUCAUUUCUGUACCAAUGACAAAGGCACAUAUUACUGCACCUGUGCUGAGGGCUACAGACUUAAUCCUGACCACCGGACAUGCAGGGCAACAGGAGGCCCAGCUAAACUGCUGUUUUCAACUGGCUAUGAGAUCCGAGCGAUCAACCUGAACAGUAGGCAGUAUGAAAGUGUUGUGGUUGAUAAUGCAGGCCACAUGGUAGGCAUCGAGUACAACCUGAAUACGCAGGAGAUCUACUGGACUGAUGCAACACUGGGUACCAUCAACAGGUUAUCCUUGACCACUGGAAACUGGAGCAUGUUUGUGGAUGGUCUGGAGUCACCCGAUGGUCUGGCUGUGGACUGGGUUGGUAACAACCUAUACUGGACAGACGCAGGCACCAACAUGGUCGGGGUAUGCAGCCUGCCGUCCUGUCAGCACAGGGCUGUCCUGUUACAGCACAACAUCGACAAACCUCGGGCUAUUGCACUCAACAUGGCAGAACGGACGUUGUACUGGUCUGAGUGGGGAGCUGAGCCCAAGAUUGAGCGAGCAGACAUGGACAGUGGCAAUAGGAAGCUGAUUGUCGCCACAGGUCUCAUCUGGCCCAAUGCACUUGUUGUGGACGACAUCCUGAAGAGACUGUACUUUGCAGACGCACGCCUGGACAAGAUUGAGUACUGUGACUAUGAAGGGAAAAACAGGGUUUCCCUCCCCACCACUGUCAAGCAUCCCUUUGGUCUGGCGUUGUUUGAAGACCUGAUGUACUGGACUGACUGGCACAGAGAGGCAGUGGAGUCUGCCAACAGGCUAACGGGGGAGGACACUGUGAAGAUAAAGGAAGGCCUUCACAGGCCAAGUGGCAUUAUGGUCAUGCACCCUGCACUCAGGAAGCCAGCACCAAACCCCUGCUCCUCAGCUCCAUGUAGCCACAUGUGUCUCCUGAAGCCUGGAGGUUUCAGCUGUUUGUGUCCCAAGGGAUACGAGUUCAUCCCAGGGAGCAGGGCAAGGUGUACGCCUACGGUCUUACCUACCUCAACACCUGUUACUCAGCCAUCCAGAAUUGAAGUGAGUCCUGGCAUCCCUGAUGGAUGUAUCCAUGGGUACUGUCUGAAUGGAGGGACAUGCAUGGUCAUUGAUGGCUGGGUGGAGUGCAGAUGCCACCCAGGGUUUACAGGGCUGCACUGCCAACAUGGUCCUGAUGUGGUGAAUGACAGCAGGUCCAAUACCCAAAGCUCUGAAGAUCGUGGAUGGAUUGCAGGCCUGGUCUGUGGAGUUCUGCUGUUGAUCCUUAUACUGGGGAUAGCUACUUACUACAUAUUUGAACAAAGACGCAGACGUCACCUUGGGACCCUUCCUGUUAUCCACUUCUCUAACGUCCUGUCAGGCAGAGGAAAAGGGAGUGAACUUAGAAAACUCAUGAAGGGUCAUGAGCCAGAUCCUCCUGAGCCCAAACAAAAGAAGAUGUCCUACUCCAACCCGCUGUACUCACCAGUGCCUCCUGAUGUUGAGGAAAACUGCAACAAUCCCAAGAUCAUCCAUGUGGUGUCUGCUGAGUCGCUGGACUCCGAGACAGCUUUCUAUCCCGGUACCCUGGCCUGCCAGGGAGAUCCUUCCUCCAGCAGUAGCAGCACAGAAGAUCUGGUGGAGCGCGUCCUCGCAGAAACUCAGGAACUCGUUUGAUGUGACCAAUCAACAUGGACAUGCAAUGAUCAACCCAUUCAGUCUUUUGAUGUUGCAAUGUUUUGGGACAUUCCAAACAGCUUUCUUACAAUGUAACAAUGACAGGUCUAAGACUUCACUAGACAUUGGAACUUCUCUAGUAUAGUGCUUAAAGCUUCUCAUUGUUUCAGGAUCUUUUGAUUGUCAGAAGACCUGUGGUAAAAAUGCAACUUAAAACCUGACCUACAUGUAUGGUCUUCUACUGUAGAAAAUAUUUGUUGGAGCUGUGCCAACGUGCUGCUUUUGAGCUGAGACACCUGAAAAUGUGUUGAUAUGCCAUAAAUGUUGCUUCUCUGAACACACUCAAGACAAGUAGUUAAGAUGAUAGGUCGGAUAUGGUA